AAAAACUCAAGCAUCAUUUGCUCAAAUAAUUAAAAAAUGAAGAUAAUCGUUGGUUUAUUUUUAUUACACUUCUUCUCUAUUGCCCAUUGUAAAGAACCCGAUGAAUGUAUUAAGAUACGUAUUAAAUUAGCCAGUAAUACGAAUUUCAAAGGGAAUAAAUGGCCAAAUAAUAGAGUUUUUUACAAAAUAAGUUCAAGAAUCAGUGCACCUUACAGGAAAAACAUAACAGAGGCUUUUGAUGUUAUACAAAAUGAGACACAAAAUUGCGUUACAUUUGUAGAACGCACAAAUCAAAUGCAGUAUCUCAAAAUUAAUAAAAUAAAAGAAGGCUGCUUCUCAAACUACGGAUAUAAUGAAACUGGCGUCGUAUUUAUGGAGUUGGAAGAUUACUGCCUAACCAAUAGGAUGGCUCUGUUGCAUGAAACUAUGCAUAUAUUGGGGUUCGCUCAUAUGCACCAGGUCCCAAACAGAGACAGCUAUGUGGAUAUCAAAUGGGAGAAUAUAGAUGAGGAUUUCAUAAGGCAAUUUUCUAGAUCCUCAUGUGGAUCACAAUACGACAAAUAUUUUCCGUAUGAUUACGAUAGCGUCAUGCACUAUCCUCGUGACGCUACGUUCUUGAAAUGAAUACGACAUCAAUCGAAAUUCCGCAAAGAGCAUAUAAAACAGAAAUGGAAGGUGAUCCGAAUAAAAUUGGAAAAAGUAACAAAUUAAGCAAAAUUGACAUCGCCAAAAUAAAGUACUUCUAUAGAUGUGGCAAUUGAUCUUGAUUCCGUACAAUGACAUUAUAUACAAUUGCAUAUACAUAAUGUAAUUGUAUUUUAAAAUAAUAUGUUACCA